AUGGAGAGCGGCUCCCGGCAGCGCCGAGCUGAUUGGCUGCGCGCGGGAGAUCCAGGGCUCGGCCACCCGCACACCGCGCACUCGGGCUGCAGCGUCGCAAGGGCCGCCUCGGGCGUGCUGCUGGCUCUGGUGGCCGCGCUGCUGGCCGCGGGUUCGGCCAGCGAGUACGACUACGUGAGCUUCCAGUCGGACAUCGGCUCGUACCAGAGCGGCCGCUUCUACACCAAGCCUCCGCAGUGCGUGGACAUCCCGGUGGACCUCAGGCUGUGCCACAACGUGGGCUACAAGAAGAUGGUGCUGCCCAACCUGCUGGAGCACGAGACCAUGGCAGAGGUGAAGCAGCAGGCCAGCAGCUGGGUGCCGCUGCUCAACAAGAACUGCCACAUGGGCACCCAGGUCUUCCUCUGCUCGCUCUUCGCGCCCGUCUGUCUGGACCGGCCCAUCUACCCGUGCCGCUGGCUCUGCGAGGCCGUGCGCGACUCGUGCGAGCCGGUCAUGCAGUUCUUCGGCUUCUACUGGCCCGAGAUGCUCAAGUGUGACAAGUUCCCUGAGGGCGACGUCUGCAUCGCCAUGACCCCGCCCAAUGCCACCGAAGCCUCGAAGCCCCAAGGUACAACAGUGUGUCCUCCAUGUGACAACGAGUUGAAAUCUGAGGCCAUCAUUGAACAUCUCUGUGCAAGCGAGUUUGCACUGAGGAUGAAAAUCAAAGAAGUGAAGAAGGAGAACGGGGACAAGAAGAUUGUCCCCAAGAAGAAGAAGCCCCUGAAACUGGGGCCCAUCAAGAAGAAGGAGCUGAAGCGGCUCGUGUUGUUCCUGAAGAACGGUGCCGACUGCCCCUGUCACCAGCUGGACAACCUCAGCCACAACUUCCUCAUCAUGGGCCGCAAGGUGAAGAGCCAGUACCUGCUGACGGCCAUUCACAAGUGGGACAAGAAAAACAAGGAGUUCAAAAACUUCAUGAAGAAGAUGAAGAACCACGAGUGCCCCACCUUCCAGUCUGUCUUUAAGUGACGCCGCCGCCGCCGGGGUGGACGCGGGGGAGGGAGGGAGUGUCGCCCGGGGUGAGGGUGGGGGCGAGUGGGUGGCCCUGGCUCUUGGGGCGCACAUAUUGCUCUUGCCCGGUCCAGCUGUGGCUUUUUUGCAUCGCGCAGCUGCCUCUGUCCCCACAGCGACCCCACUCCCUCCCUUUACAUAGCCACGUCCAGCUACGUCCAGGGCUCUUUAGAUUAGGAAGGCUUGUCAAGGGCUGCAGCAGGGCCAGCAGUGACUGUGCAAAAGAAGGGGCAGAAUCCUUUCACUGUGUCUCAGGCACACACACACACACACACAUACACACACACACACACACACACACCCCAAAAUGUUUGCCAGAAUGGAAAAAGAAAAAAAAAAAAAGGAUGGGAAAGAAGUGUGUGAGAGCGGCCGGCUCAGGCCAUACGUUAUUCUGGACAUCAUUAGGAAUUGCUUGUGAGGUGCUUUGGGUAACGUAAGCCUUUGCAGGUAGAAAUUUUUGACCAUUGGCAAGCCAGGUUGCUUUCAUUUUGGUAGUAAUCUCCCCUUUUCUGCGUUACCUAGAAACAAGAGCACCAGUAUACACACACACACACACACACACACACACACACACGUUCUGAAAGUAGCCAGGGUAUCCCAGUACAGAAUGGGAUAGAUAAGGGGCUGGAUGUUUUACCCUCAGCUUUUGCACCAGCCACAUUUGCUAGGAGACUGUUGGUCUCCGAUGGCCAUUUCUAUCAGUCCCUUGGGACACAAGGGUGGCAGAGGACUGCUUUUGUAAUGAGGGGGAAGGUGGUGGGCCGUGUAGAGACGUGAGGCAUUUCAGGCUGAGAAGCCAGUGGUUACUGGUUUUCAGAGAUACAGUGAAAGGAAAAAAAAAAAAAAACAACAAACAAACAAAUGCAGAGCAUCAGCAGGUCACACACUGGUCAGGGCGAAUGGGGAACCUCACAUUGCGGUCUCAUCUGUCACAUUUAAAAAGAACACCAGCAACAUAAAUAGUGACAAAAACCCAGGCACCCUUCAAGGCUUGGCUAGAAAUCCAUGCUGAGCAUUUGAAAGAUAACCGAGACCACCCGAGGCUGCCCUCUUCUCGAGAACGCUGUCUGCGCAUGUGCGAUGGAGGGUGGCUCUGUCUGCGCAUGUGCUGUGGAGGCGGGCCUGGCAUCAAGGUAGUGCAACCACAGUGUCUACAGCGCUCCCCACACUGCUUUCCUCCAAGGGGAUCCGUUUCUUUAAACAUGAUUGCGUAUAGUUAAAAGGAAUUCGAAAUCGCUGCCUGCCUGACGCCUCCACUUUCACUUUUGUGUGCCCCCCACUCGUGUUUUUUGAGGGUAAGUGGCCUAUCCAAGGAGAUGGUUUCAAAAGCUAGCCAUUGGCAGUUCCCCCAAGUGCCCAAAGGUAUUCCUCAAAGUUUGUGUGCUUAAGAAGUGAUGUAAAUAAGCCCGUUCUCGUAGGCAGCCUUGCUCCUCUUGUCCGAGUAGUUCUAAAGGAAAAACACAACAAAACAUGAACGUUAAUUUCUUCCACCAAAGUCUGCUUACUCAGCCCCCACCACCUCUCGAGGACCGCAGUGACCGUCCCUUUGGUCCAUCAGCCCAGAAGCAGCAAUCAUUGUGAGGAGUCAAGUCAUCCAGUGGCCUUGGACUGACACAGAAACAGAGGCAAAUUCUGGUAAUUUCUGAAAGACUUUAGCCCCGCCCAAACCAGCAAGUCAACGCAGUUACCAAUCUGAGUGGGAUACUAACCCAGUUGACCUCCUUUUUCGUAAUCCCGUUACCUUAACACUUAAAAAGAAUUCUUUCGACCUUAAUCAUAAAGAUAUUUAGGGACCGUAAAUGAUUUGCCUAUAAUUUUGAUGAUUUAAAAAUGCCUAUGCAUAUUAGUAAUUAGAAAUAGUCUACUUUCUCAUUGUCCAACUGAAAUGCAAACGUAUUUCAUGAGCCAGACCUCGAGUCUGUAGGUCAGGGCUCACUGAAGGUCUCAUUUUGACCAAGUGUGUUGUGCAGCAGGGUCCUCUCCAAGUGGCAGAGGACUUGGACAUGAAUUUAUCUGGGGGAUGUGUUAGCAUUUUCACAGAAAGCAAGCCAGGGGCCAUGCUGGGCUGUUCUGGAUUAGAAAUCCUCAGGUAGGAGGCACCGCUCUCAGAAAGCAUUCACCAUCAACUGAUCAUGUGAACUGCAGUGGCUGUCCCCCUCCCCCUACCCCCCCACUUCAGAAUCCCUGGCUUUAGAGUUUCAUUGUGGACCUGUGAGGAUUUUAGACACACACAGACCAGUUUUGUCUGCACGACAUCAGCAGUUCAGGACAACAAGGGAGGCUAUCUAUGGACCCAAAGCUGCAUGAUCACCGACCUUUGUUCUUUUCGACAAAAGGUCCAACGAACCAGUGUGCAGACUCACUGGCCUCGUCACUGGCUUCCAAUAGAGGAGGUCCACGUGUGUCCCAACCAUUGUUGCCAGUGAAAGGGUCAGAUUUGGAAAGCUUUAAAAGUAACCAUUCUGGAGAAUAGGAGGAGGCCUGACCCACAGAACCAUUGGAAACUAUCAGUAGUUAUGGUAGAAGAUAGACUUGGAGGCAAGAAUUGUAAGAAUGUUUGACUUUGAAAACAUUCUGCGUUAACACUCAGCUCUCAUGGUCGGUGGUGGGUGAGCUCUACGUUCUCCCUUGGGGGGCAGAGUCCAAAGUGCAGCCCCAGGCUUCACAUGAAUGUGUAAAUUACAGAAGUCUCCUUCCCCAAAGCUAGAACCUGUUUUCCUUGUUAGACUCCGCGUCACUGUGGUCUGUUGGACCUUCAUGGCUGGCGUGUCUCAAGAUGAGUUUCAGAAGCAGACCUGAGGCCACAUCUCCAUGAUGGCAUGCUGAGGGCUCCGACCUGGCCUGGCAGGUCCUGAGCACAUAGACGGACUUCCUGUUGGCCCUAGACCCUGCAUGAGGACUCCACCUUUAGAGUUUAAAACUUUCCUAAAAAGCUUUGAAUAUACUGUGAAGAUGUUUUACAUUCCAUUUCAUUUGUGUUGUUUUUGAACUGCCUUUGACCAGAUGUUUUGAUGUUAUCACGUAUGUUAAUAGUAAUUCCCAUAUGUGUUUUGUUUUCAUGCUUUUCCCACCAUGUAUUCACUUGACUAAAAUCACUCAAUCAAUAA